AAUAUUGAGGUUCGUUUGAAUAAUAAAUGCUGACUGAGUAAUUACAACAAGUGGACAUCCCACACGGUUUGGGGUGAAGAUGCGCGAGUGCACACCGAUCACUGACCUACCUUCAGAGUUAACAGGCUGUAGUAGAAGCACAGCCCAAACAGCACUACUGUCUCCUGCAAGGCGAUGAUCGUCAAGCGGGCGAUGUUAUGCAUGUGCGCUUGACUGACAAUCUUCUGCAAGAUGUCGUACGCGCAGAAGGAUAUAUUGAACAAUAGAUGCAUCAUCACUAGCAGCAGCUUCAAGCCGAUCGCAUCCGACAGCUGGUCUUUGCAGCGGCCCAGAACUACCAUUUCGUCGAUGACGGAUGAAAACGGACGUACUGGAAGGGCGCGUUGCAAGGUGUCAUACGUGUUGGCUAUUGUUUCCGCAAGCGUCUGGCAGAGCAAUGAGUUAAGUAGAAUGUAAUACUCAAUAAUCACUCCAGUAAAAACGCCCCAUAUGUAGAGGUAGACGUGCGUUCGGUAGACGUUGUACAACAGCUCCACCAGCGAGAGAAGGUUGCAUAGGAGUAACAUCGAUAGCUGCAAACGUUUGACGGUGUAUCGCUCGCUGCUCCUAGUGCCGCCGACACUUCCCGCCGAGGGUAUCGUUUGCAGCAACGCCAGCACUUUGUGGCGCUGUCGGAAGUUGUCGAAGACGAGCAGUAGCGCAACGAUCAGUGUUGCCAGCAGGCGGCUAACGAUGGUGAACCAGUUCACGCAGUUGGUGCACUGCUUGUGGCCCGUUACCCAGGGGUUAAGGAAUGCCAGUGUCAAAAUCGUAAAUAGUGGCAGCAGUAGCUGGAGCCGGGGUCGAGCAAUGAUGUAGCCGACGGUGCGAUCCUUGCUCCGCACCGUGCGUACAUUGGUGAUGAGCAGGGCGUGAAAAAUGUUGAGCACUCGCAUGCUUUCCACCGCGGGCUGUAACUAACGUGCCAACCUUGUGUCAUCGAGCGGUUGAGGUGUGAUAAGAACGGUUUAAUCAAUUAACAAAUUAAUUAUUAACAGGCGGUACACACCCUCCCGCGUGACCCUGACGUAACCGUGUGCCCACCGACCGAGUGCUUUCGUACACCGCCCAGAGUCAAGCGUUCGUUACGGAGAUGCAAAGACCUCGUGCUCCAGUUUCGGAGCGUUGCUCGUUUGCGCGGGCAAAGCCAUCAUUCUACUCAGACAUGGCUAUCAUUUGAAGCUAAUGCGGCUUGAAGCCGCUAUUACCAACCAGUGGCUCGAAGACAGAGCAAAACGCGCAAGUACCAUUCCUAAUGGGCGAAAAGUGGACCGACAAUAUCGGGCUAAUGAGUGCCUGAAAUAGUCAAUUGUUUGAUGUCCGAGGACCUGUGCAUUUGUGCGGUCGGCAACGAUUUGUAAAAGGUUUGAUUAUGGGAGCAAAAACGCAACGGGUCUGGGUGUGCUAAUAGAGCGAUAGCGAGACCCUUAAACGUGCAGGAACCCGUGCGCGCAAUGAGGGUCGAAGUGCUCCAAAAUAAUGACCCGGCCCCGGUGGUCUGUUACAUGAUCAUCCGCUCUGUACGAUCUUGGCUGAGCGCGAGCGGCUCCACAUUUGCCAAAAAGUUCCACGGAAGGCGAGAGAGCGUGCCGAGGCGGAUAGUUGGCACGCUCACAAUAGCUGUGGCCGAAGCGAGGCCCGGUGGCCAGCCCGGGCAUGUGGGCUGCUGCGGCUUAUUACAUCGGUAUGCUCGCGCCGAUGAUGAGGAGAGCAUGAAGCGGUUGGCCAUGUUUGGGCAGUUGGCCAGGGGGUCGACCAUAUUCCCACCCUUCGGUGGCGCUCGCGCGACGCUGGCGCUUCCCUUGCCCGUGGAUGAGAUGCAUGCCGCACCGUGGUAGAAGAAAAACGCAUGCUUGUUUGGGUUUUUUUUGUGUGUGUGUGGCAUGGCUCCGGUACGCGUUGUGUUACUUCUCCCGCCAAGAAGAGCACGAAGAAGAAGAGGUUACCGUAAUCAAACAUACCUUUCGCCCAGUUUUCGCCCCACACUUCUCAGGGCAGGACGGGUGGAGUUUGACUAACUGCAGCAGACGUACGAAGAUUUCCAAACCCCGAACCCGUGCAAGGGUUCGGUUUGGAGGGAGCGGAUUGAUUAUCUGGCGCGAUGCUAUCACCCCAUUAUCGUCGUAUCUCUCACCGAAAAACAUGCAUGAGGGCUGGCGGCCUACUGUAUGUGUGCUGCUGCUGGUGCUGCUGCCGGUGGUCUUGCCGAAAGGUAGGAGGCGGCUCCGAGGAAGACCACCGAUACUUAAAAGCCGGCGUUUUCGUAACGGAACGGUUCAGUCUCGAUCGGUACGGCCGGGUGGGUAGAGUGAGUGAUUUGCUCCACAGGAUCCACCUGCAGAACUAUGGGCGGCGCGAUGGGUUGGUUGCUUUGGGCGGUCUCGGUGGCCACGGUUCUGGCUGCGCUUGGGGAGGCUCGAGUUCUUGGCAGUAGUCGGCGAUUCCGGGACUACGAUUUUGACUUUUCACAUCUCGGUGAAGCGUUGUACGGCAGCCAUGAUACGGCAGCGAUUGGAGAGCUGGUACGUGCGUGGUCCCGCUCGCACAAUGGCAGCAGUGUCGUAAACCCGGAGGAGCUGGGAACUUACGCCGAAGGUGACAUCCAUCAGCCGCUGAUCGAACGGAACGCGCUCAAGUUCACCAGCAGCAAGUGGAAGAAGGGUGUAGUGCCAUACGAGUUUAGUGACGAGUUUUCGAUCGGUGAUCUGGCCAAGCUGUUUUCGGCGAUCGAGCAGUUCCAUCAGAAAACCUGCAUCCGAUUUGUGCCGCGCACCAAGGAACGCGACUACGUGGUGAUCGAGGGUCGCAGUUCCGGAUGCUGGUCGGCAGUAGGUCGAAUGGGGGGCCGCCAAGUGCUGAAUCUGCAGCGCAACGGGUGCCUCCAGAUGGAGGGUACCAUCGUGCACGAGCUGAUGCACGUGCUGGGCUUCCUGCACGAGCACACCCGGCACGAUCGGGAUCGGUACGUGAACAUCUUCUUCCGAAACGUGCGCCCCAAUCUGGUCAGCAACUUUGGGCGCGAAAGUGAAUCGCAAACCACCACGCUCGGCAUGCCGUACGAUUAUGGCAGCGUUAUGCACUACUCCAGAACGGCGUUCAGCAAAAACGGCAAACCGACGCUAGAGCCGAAGAUCAAGUACAUCGGGCAGCUUGGACAGCGCGUCGGCUUUUCGGUGAAGGAUGUACAGAAAAUCAAUAAGCUCUACUGUCAUCGGUGAGCAGACGUUUGUGAGGGGGGUGGGGGGGGGGGGAUGAAGCGGGAGGCAGCCCCCAGCCUCCACGGCACGGCCGAUUGCACAAUCUGCGCGAACGCGAGCUGGUUAUUGCAACCGGGCAGGUCUUACCUAAGAAUGCAUCAACCAAAAAGAUGCUUACGUCUGGAAGCCUUCUGACACUGUAGUAGAUGGUUAAGCAGCACGUGGGCAUGUGCGUGUUAGAUUUAGUUGAUAGGAUUAAGAGUGAAGCGAAAUGAAAACAUAAUCGGAAACCAACAACCGGAACAGAUUGUGGACCGCGAACGAAAGAAA